UCUGAUCAACAAACGCAACCAUGAGGCCGUCCUGCAUCUCCAUCGUCUGUCUGGUGCUCUUCGCUUUCUGCUCAGUUGAUGGAAGUGAUUUGUCCCAGAGUCCCGAUAAGUGCUGCUUUUCUUUUUCUAAUACAAGAAUUCCAGUAAAGCAGGUUGAGAGUUAUCAUACGACGCAUCUUCUCUGCAGUGGUAAUGGUGUUAUUUUCAUCACAAAGGCUCAAAGGGAGAUCUGCACUAACCCGACUGAGAAAUGGGUUCAGAGACUGAUGAAGUUGGUGGACAAUCAAAACAUGAAGCAGAUGACCGAGGCCGGCUCUGGUGACAGCGCCUAAGAUGGGAACAGUCCUCUCUUUACUGAAUCGUUUCUCAACUGUAUUUAAGCUUACUUUUAUAUGCACCUGCAUUAUACUGUUACUCUGCUUUGAACAUUGUAUAUCUAUUUAUUUAUGCAAAGCAUAUUCAUUCUAGAACUGUAAUGUGAAUCUGUCUGUAUUGUUACAUAUCUAUAUGAAAAUAAAGAACAUGCAGUAUA